AUGCUGUCUCGGUGGCGGAAGAAAGGCGGUUCGGACAGCAUCGCGUCUGCGCAGCCCCACGUCACUUCCCGCAACGCUGCCGAACCUCCAUCAACAGGCUCGGACGUCCCGGAGCUGCGAUCGCAUGCCGAACCAGAACCGGAGGGUCGGCCUCCAGCGCCGGCGUCUCCUCCGCAAGUGGACAUGGUGAAUGAGCUACAGACGCAGCUACAGGCGGCCGUUACGCGUAACCACUCGUUAGAAUCCAAGAUUGAUAGAGCGCUUCGGGACGCGCGGGAGUCGCGGAAGCUGAAGGAGGAAGCUGAGCUGGCAGCGGCGGAGGCGGAAAAGCGCGCAACGGAUGAGAGGCGUGAGGCGAAAUCUGCCCGGGAGAGGGUAAAUUCCCUGGAAGAGAAGUUGCGGGCAACUGAAGAAAUUUCUGGGCAGCUGAGGAAAGAAUUGGAGGUGGAGAAACAGGAGAGGGAGCUGCUUUCGUGGAAGCUUCAAGAAGCAGAGGAAAACGCGGCGGGACUGAGGGCUCAGGCGUUACAAGCAGAUGGACAGGUGGAAUUAGCCAAAGCUGAGGUGGCAGACGUGGAAAAUAGGGCCAAUCACCUUGUGACACGUCUGCAAGCUGAGCUGGAGGAGAUGAGGCUGAGGCUAUCGGAGGAAGUUGCCCGGGCAGAGUCGCUGGUUGGUGAGGCGGACGAGCUGACUGGGAGGAUGCGGGCAGCUGAAGAGCGGGCAGGUGAAGAAGAACAAAGGGCUGCCCGGGCAGAGAAACGGGCAGAAGAAGCUCUGAGACUGAGGGAAGAGGCUGAAAGGGAAGUGGAGAGGUUACGGAAGCAAAGGGGCGAAGCUUCUGAGGGAGAGGGGGAAGUAAGGGAAGAAGGAAGGAAGAAGGAAGGAGGGGAGGAAGUGGGAGAAGGGGACGAAGGGGAAGUAGGUGGAACGGGUGCAAGGGGGGUGGGGGGGAGUGAGAGCGAGAGGGUUGCAGCAGCAGAGGGGUUGAGGGGGACAGCAGUGGAGGGAGCUGUUGGGAAGGAGGAUCAGGACAUUUAA